AUGUCUACUACUGCUUCACAGCUCUCUGAUGGAACGGCAGAAACCACGAAUGUUGGUGAUGCUUCUCUAUCUGCUGGUGUCACUACAAGUAAUGUAGUUGAUGCUAGUCAUCCAUUCUACCUACACCCUUAUGAUUAUCCAGGUAUGAGCCUUGUCUCUACCGUGUUUGAUGGAAGAGGUUAUGGUGGAUGGAAGCGAGAAGUGAUUAUUGCACUCUCGGCUAAAAAUAAACUUGGGUUUACUGAUGGAUCUAUAGCAGUACCCACCUCAGAUCCAGUGUUAAUGAAGGCAUGGAUCCUGUGCAAUGACAUGGUACUUUCUUGGCUGCUCAAUUCUCUUUCCAAGGAGAUAGCAGAGAGUGUAUUGUACUCAGUCAGUGCCAAGGAUUUAUGGAAAGACCUGGAAGAAAGAUUUGGUCAGGCAAAUGGUGAAAAACUUUUUCAAUUGCAAAAAGAAUUAAAUGCUACAACCCAAGGAAAUACAAGUGUUUCUACUUAUUUCACAAAAAUGAAGAGUUUAUGGGACGAGUUAGAUGCAUUGAAUACCUUCUCAGCUUGUAAGCAACAUUCUGUUAAGCUCACCUUACCAUCUAUUGGACAAGCUUACUCACUAGUGGUGCAGGAUGAAAAGCAAAGAGAAGUACAUGUUACUCCUGUUUAUCCUGGUGAAUCUUCAUUCACAGCUACUAAUCAACAUAAUGGUAGGAGAUUUAAUGACAAUAGAGGACAGAAAUCCACUUUUGAAUCUAAAAGAAACACUCUAAUUUGUGGUUAUUGCAAGAAACCUGGACAUAACAUUGACAAAUGUUACAAAUUGCAUGGAUUUCCCUCAGAUUUUAAAUUUACAAAGCCUAGGAAGUUUCAGGCAUCAGCUCAACCAAACAAUGCAUAUGGAGGGAUUGAGGAAGGAGGAAUGAACACAACACAGUCUCUAAGUCAGGAGAAUGUAACACAACUCCUGCAAUUACUUCAGCAAUACAAACCAGAUCAGCAGUCUGAGAAUAUAACUGAAGCCUUUGCCAACUUGAGUUUUGCUGGUAUAAAAAAAAUUCUUAACACUUAUGGUUGUUUUAUAAAUAUUGACAGUUUUUCUUGGAUAUUAUAUAGUGGAGCUACGCAACACAUAACCUACAACAAAUCCAUUUUGUCUAAUCUAAAAUUGCUUCCUAAACCUGUUAUGGUUAAGCUGUCUAAUUCUUAUAGAGUCAAAGUAACUCACUCUGUAACAAUUACUAUUCUGCCUAAGUUGGUUCUGGAUAAUGUCUUAUAUGUCCCUUCAUUCAAAUUCAAUCUACUAUCUGUGCAAAAGUUGUGCAAACAGCUUCAGUCUUAUAUUCUUUUUACACCUAACUCUUGUCUUAUGUUAAACGGCCCUUCUCUGAGAAACUUUGAGGAGAUUGGUAGGGUGCAAGGAGGACUUUACAUACUCAAUUCAAGCCAGUCAAGCCACAAUUUGCUAGGAUCAGUCUACCAAGUCUAA